GUCACCUUAAGAGAGGGAGUCUGGGCUCCUACGAACGUGUUGUGAUGGACCCAGCACUACUGAAAGAACGAGAUGCGUUCAAAAAGAGGGCCAUGGCCACUCCUGUGGUCGAGGCCCGAAAGCGCGACCGCGAUUCGUCGGCGGGAAAUGCGGCGUCGCAACCGAAGAAAAAAGUCAAGCCAUCAAAGCCAAAAGACACGUAUAACUACAAGACCACUUCUGGGAGCUCGCAGUACAACUUCAGUGUCCUAGCAAAAAUCGUGAAGCACAUGAAGCAAAGGCAUUUGGAAGGUGACACACACCCUCUGUCGCUUGAAGAGAUCUUGGACGAGACGAACCAACUGGACCUCGGAGCACGGCAAAAGCACUGGCUGGCAACAGAGGCCCUGCAAAACAACCCGAAGCUUCAAGUGACGCACGACGGCAAGUACUGCUUCCGGCCAGCGUACAACCUCAAGGACCGCAAGAGUCUUCUGCGGCUACUAGACAAACACGACCAGAGGGGCCUCGGGGGUGUGCUACUAGAAGACGUGCAGGAGUCGUUGCCCAAUGUGGAACGCCACCUCAAGGUGCUGGGCGACAGCGUCAUCUAUGUGGUGCGCCCCGUCGACAAGAAGAAGGUGCUUUUCUACAAUGACAAGUCCCUGCAGUUUAGUGUUGACGAAGAGUUCCAGAAGCUUUGGAGAAGCGUUGCUGUCGAAGGUAUAGAUGAUCAGAAGAUCGAGGAGUACUUGCAGAAACAGGGCAUCACAUCUAUGCAGGACAUGGGUGUCAAGAAAGUGAACGUUGCCCAGAAGCGUAAGAAGCCGUCGUCGAAAAGGGCAAAGACGUUCAAGAAGCACAACGACCACAUGGGGGACAUUCUAGAAGAUUACACCGACAAGUAGAUCUCAUACAUGUAAAACUGUACAUAUGCCUUGUAAAUUUCUGCGUAACAUUUCUGCGAGG